AACUCGCCCAAUGGCGAUAGAGUGCUUCUGAACUUUGUCUGUUCCGCGGAGCUCUCCAGUCGUCAUGACUUUCUCCUCCGAGAAGCGGCAGGUUGCAAGCCGUCUCAGCUUCCAUCUUGCUGAGAAUCACAGCUAUGGCUGAGACAGGCCAAAAGUUUCCCGAGGUGCAGGGCGGCGGGAGCCUGAUUGUCGCGUGGCAGGUCAAAGGGAAGAAGGUGCUGGUUGUUGGCGGCGGCGAGGUCGCCGCCGGCCGCAUCUUACACUGUCUCAACGCCGACGCCGCCGUAACCGUCAUCUCCCCGCGCGCCCGCCUCAACUCGGAAGUAGCCUACCGCGUCGCGCACAACCAAGUCACGCACAUCGACCGCAACUUUUUACCUUCCGACCUCGACGACGACGCCAUAUCCAUGGUGCUCGUAGCCGUCGACGACCCGGCCGCCUCGACUACGAUCUGGAAGCUCUGCAAAGAGCGGCGCAUCCCCGCCAACAUCGCCGACGUCCCCCCCGAGUGCGACUUCUACUUUGGCAGCGUGCACCGCGACGGGCCCCUGCAGGUCAUGGUCAGCACCAACGGCAAGGGUCCGCGACUGGCGAGCAUGAUUCGCAAGUUCAUCGCCAAGCAGCUUCCGUCCAAUGCCGGGCAGGCCAUCGAGACUGUCGGCCAGCUGCGGGUGCGGCUGCGGGAGAUGGCGCCGCGGCCCGAGGAGGGGCCGAAGCGCAUGGCGUGGAUGUCCAAAGUCAGCGAGGCGUAUCCCUGGGACGAGAUAUGCGGACUGUCCGAGGAGGACAUUGGCAACUUGCUGCGGUUCUACCCGUCUGGCAAGGUGCCGUCGCUGGACGAGCUCAAGGCCAUGCGGGCUAGUCCUGCUGGCAAGGAUGUGUUUGAUGGGUCGUUUGGGUUCAGUGUCGGCGCAUGACAGCUGCUUUUCUCGAGUUGUAGGACUUGCUUGGGUUGAGAUGAACAUGAUACCGCACCCCAUAUCGUACUGUGAUCCCCUUUGACCUGUUUGGACAUGGGGUCAAUCAGGCCAUGAAGAUGCCGCGUUUCAGAUCCAGCAGAUCAAGAGUUUAGGACGGACAAGAUAUCAUAUCCCAUAUCCCCCAAAGGCAGUAGAACAAACCGCAACGCUAGGUGCAGAAAAAGCCCACACUGUGCACAGAAACCCAGACAGAAGCAGC